AUGAUUUUCAGUAUCCUAACCAAACAGUUUUUAAAACAACAUUGUAAGAAAUUAAAGUUGUACUCUACACCAUAUUUAAAUGAUGUUCUUUAUCUACAUUUUAAAGGAAUUAUGAAAAUAGAGAAUUUAGAAGAGUAUACAGGUUUAAGAUGUUUAUGGCUAGAAACAAAUGGAAUUCAAGUUAUAGAGAAUUUAGAUAAUCAAAAAGAGUUGCGAUGUCUAUAUUUACAGCAAAACCUGAUUGAAAAAAUAGAAAACUUAGAACCCUUACAGCAAUUAGAUACACUUAAUGUUUGUAAUAACAGACUUUCUAAAAUAGAAAAUUUAGCCUGUUGUCCUGUAUUACAUACUCUACAGAUAUCACAUAAUUAUCUUAAAACAAGAGAUGAUAUAGAGGAACUGGCCCAGUGUGAUAAUCUCGGAGUUCUAGAUUUAUCUCAUAAUAAAAUAGAUGAUCCUGAAAUCUUAGAAACUUUAAAACAGAUGAAAAAUCUGAGAGUGCUGACACUUAUGGGAAAUCCCUUCAUAAAGAAAGUUAAAAACUACAGAAAAACUUUCAUAGCAAAUCUUAAAGAGUUGACGUAUUUAGAUGAUAGACCAGUAUUUCCUAAAGAUAGAGCUUGUAUUGAUGCUUGGUUUGUUGGAGGACCAGAAGCAGAGAAAGCUGAAAGAGAAAGAUGGGUCAGUAGAGAAAGACAGAAAUUACAGGAAAGUGUUGAUGGUGAGUAA